ACAGUAACACUUCCCCUGAACUCCACCAACAUAACGACUUGAGCUAAAUCCAUUACAUUGCUGAAUCACCCAAACUCAGAAGACUUGGUCAAGUUUAGCAGCCAUGGAGUCGAAACAGUGUUCAUUUGUUACUAUAAAUAGUGAUCAGAUUCACACUGAUUUCAGACACUCAGACCCUUUCAUUACAAAGAAAGUAAUAAACCAGAAUGAGGAAGAACAUACCUCCCAGCUUGCCAAUCCUUAUUUUCUUGUGUGCUGCAGCGACUGUGUCGAGGAUCGACGCGCAGUCCUGCAGUCCUAGCGGCAGAAUUACCGGAAAAAAGCCGCCUCCGGGGGAAUGUAAUACCGGGAAUGACUCCGAAUGCUGUGUCCAGGGACAGCAUUACACAACUUAUAAAUGUUCUCCGCGAGUGACGGCGCGUACUAAGGCUAUCCUGACACUCAAUGGGUUUGGUCCAGGCGCUGACGGCGGCGGGCCGUCAGAAUGCGACGGCCAUUUCCACUCGGAUGAUACUCCGGUGGUGGCGCUGUCGACAGGGUGGUUCAACAACCUAAGACGGUGUUUCAAGAAUAUCACAAUCUACGGUAAUGGGAGGAGAGUUAAAGCAAUGGUGGUCGAUGAGUGCGACUCGACCGUUGGAUGUGAUUCAGAGCACGACUAUCAGCCUCCGUGCCGUAACAAUAUUGUCGACGCGUCUAGAGCUGUCUGGAAGGCCUUAGGAGUGCCUAAGGAUGACUGGGGACUACUAGACAUCUUCUGGUCUGACUAAAGCUCGUCGUUCCUAGUACUUAUUCGAUUAUGUCUGUCCGGCUGUUAUCUUUCUAUGUCUUUUACUAUAGUCUAAACUGUAUUCGACAUCGUCGGUAUUUCUAUUACAUGAAGUGUCUUGAAGUUUGCUAAAAAUCUAUGAAGGGCCCCUUAAUC